AUCGCUACGAGGAUCACUACGAGAGGGUCGUUGAAAUGAACCAUGACGACGAGGUCUGCACGCUCGACUACUUGGACGGCUACGAUACGCAGCAGCAGCAACGAUGUGGUACCGCUCACCGGUACCAUCAGUCCGAGUUCGUCGAGACGACGCUGAUGAACGCCGAGAUGCCGACGACGUGCGAGGACUCCGGCGGCAGCGACAGCGCGAACAGUCUCGACGGUCUCUGUGAGCGUCGUCCCGAGGACGACCAUCCGUACGAUGCACCGCGGCACGCGGCGUCGGCGGCGAGCAACCACGCGCGGGAUCACUACAUGGUGCCCACCCGGAGUCCACGCGAGUUCAACGAGAAGAUCCUGUCGCUCUUCAACCCGCAGUUCCUGCCCAACUUCAACAACAUGGUCACGUACAUGGCCGCGCACAGUCCGCCGCCGCCGCGGUCUCAGUCCUUGGUGGCCCAGUACGGUGCCCGCGAUAACGACGACUUCCUGCUCCGGGACAGGAACUGCCACGGUAAACGCGACAGCACGAACUCGAUGUGCUUUCGGCGCGGACUGGCGGCCCAUGAGGCGCCGCGGGAGUGACGAUGCCUUCGCGCCUUCGCCCCGGCUUGAUUAUGACUUGAUUACGAGUAACAUCUAGCAACGUGACUUUUUUUUCGUGCUCCAAAGAAGUGACCGGAGAAACUGUACGCACCCUUUACGGCGUACGUCACGAAGACGUGAAACUGUCAUGGAUAUGGUACUACGUACAGCGAAAUCCCCUCCUCCCUCUUUUCCUGGUAGCUUCGUAACGUGGACAUGUAACUGAAGGACGAAAAAAAAAAACACGCAAUCGUGAUCACAUAUAGCAUAAUAUGUAUUACAUUGACGGCGAAUAGACUCGUGAUAAACGAGAUCUACUUUUUUAUGGUACUUUCAAGCUUUGCCAAGUAUCGUCCGUCGCGCGAUUCCAUGCGAACCACUGUGGAAUCACUUCUGUAUAGGAUUCAAUUCAAAAUCUUCUUUUUCUUCUUUAUUCGUUUCGAUGAUGAUAAUAAUAGGAGAAGUCGAAUAUAAGGGAAAGCGUAUGCCGGCAACAACGACGAUGACGACUGAGAGAUUGAGAAACCGUAGUAAUGUAAUGUGAUACCAUUAUGAGGACUGUGUUCGUAGCAGUGGCCUGUUAGGUGCUUAGACUGAUGCAAGAUUAAACGAAAAAAAAAAACAAACACUUGUGUAGAGACAUUUUAAGCAUUCGCGCGAGAGACGAGGCGUGCCUUCCGUGUAUUAAUUGUUGGCAGAUCUUGAUCUAUAACAGGAAACGGAGUGUUAAUAUGGCCGGUAUAGAUUCGGGCAAGUGCCUCAUUUAUGCGUUUUGUUUAAGAUAUCCAGUAGAACGGAGCAAAGUAUAGAAAAAAAGGAAGAGAAAACAGGAAAGAGAGAGAUCUAUGUAAGACUAAUUUGAAUAUCGUUGUGCACUUAUUGCCGUGCUGUGAGUACUGGUAAUGGCGAGAGGGAUAUACGGACGAGAGCGUGUUUAUCAAUAACUUAGCUCUCGCGGGCAUAUAGCGGCAACAGUAUAUAGUUUCUUCGAGGAGAAUAUGCAUGUUAAAAAAAUCUAUAAUAGUGCAAAAGUUAUUGUUAUAUUGAAAUGCGA